GAUACAUCUGUAAGGACAUGGCUCAUUUGUUUGAGAUGUGAUGAAAUGGAGGCCUGUAGGCAUAUAUUGUUUGCAAGUCACACUGAUUAUUUCUGAUGUCUGCCUUUGUAGUCUUCUAGUAUUACGAGGAUGUCGUCCUGGAAAGAUUGUUCAGAUGACCGAAGCAGAAGUUCGGGGCUUGUGUAUAAAAUCACGGGAAAUAUUUCUUAGCCAGCCUAUUCUUCUGGAGCUAGAGGCACCUCUGAAAAUUUGUGGUGAUAUCCAUGGUCAGUAUACAGACUUGCUUCGAUUAUUUGAAUAUGGAGGAUUCCCACCAGAAGCUAAUUAUCUUUUCCUUGGAGAUUAUGUAGACAGAGGCAAACAGUCUCUGGAAACAAUUUGCCUAUUACUGGCAUAUAAAAUCAAGUACCCAGAAAACUUCUUUCUCCUAAGAGGAAAUCACGAGUGUGCUAGCAUCAAUCGAAUCUAUGGAUUUUAUGAUGAAUGCAAGCGGAGAUUUAACAUUAAGCUGUGGAAGACCUUCACAGACUGUUUUAACUGUCUGCCUAUUGCAGCCAUUGUGGAUGAGAAGAUCUUCUGUUGUCAUGGAGGACUGUCUCCAGAUCUCCAGUCAAUGGAGCAGAUCCGGAGAAUCAUGAGACCUACAGAUGUUCCUGACACAGGUUUGCUCUGUGACCUGCUGUGGUCUGACCCAGACAAAGAUGUGCAAGGUUGGGGUGAAAAUGAUCGUGGGGUCUCUUUCACUUUUGGUGCUGAUGUGGUCAGUAAAUUUCUGAAUCGUCAUGAUCUGGAUUUGAUCUGUCGAGCUCAUCAGGUGGUUGAAGAUGGAUACGAGUUCUUUGCUAAACGGCAGUUGGUCACCCUAUUCUCAGCUCCAAAUUAUUGUGGAGAGUUCGACAAUGCAGGGGGCAUGAUGAGUGUGGAUGAAACUCUGAUGUGUUCCUUCCAGAUAUUGAAACCAUCUGAAAAGAAAGCCAAGUACCAGUAUGGUGGACUGAAUUCUGGGCGUCCAGUCACUCCACCUCGCACAGCUAAUCCACCGAAGAAGAGGUGAAGAAAGGAAAUAAUGUAGAAAACACCAUCAGAUCUGUCAAGGACAAAACUCCAUAUUACAGUAUAUAAUAAGUGUGCACUGUAAAACCAUCCAGCCAUUUGACACCCUUUAUGAUGUCACACGUUUAACUUAAAGAGACGGGUAAAGGAUCUUUAUUAAUUUUUUCUAGUAGAAAGAUGUGCGACACUGUAUUGUAACAAGUAUAGCUCCAAGUUCUAAUAUCCAGCAUAGAGAAGAAAAAAAAUUAGGAAAAAACUAUUUCAACUACAUAUUCACAUUUACCACGGUUUUUAAAGUUGACCAACAUCCCAGUUAAAACUCGGUGUAAUAGUUAAACCAGAUGAGAGCAUGAUGUUCCAUUUGUGUAAUGUGGUCUUAUUGUUGCUUGAUUGCUUUUACUUUGGUUAUUUUGUAGCUAGAAUGAUGCAAAUAUGGUAUCUAGUCUUAUUUCCUGGCUCUUUGAAAUUGAUAUGAGGAAGGGGCUUUUCUAGAACAGCCAUUAAUCUCUUAUCGUCCCCCUAAUGCCCUGUUUUUUCAUCAUAAUGCCAUGUGCCCCAUUAUAAUGCAAAGUUUAUAGUACAGCAGUGAUUAAAUGGCAAACUGAAUCCCAAAUGCCCAGACUGGACAGCUUGGCAGCCAACAUGUAUCAAGACAGAAAAACCUGUCCUGACCUUUUAACUUUAACUGCCACACAAUGAAUUUGUGCACUACACUAUUUUAAAUUAUUGACAUUACACUGUGCAAUGGCACUUCAUUUAACUUAGGGCAAAAAUGGUAUUGCCUAUUAGUUGGUAACUUGAUUAGUGGUACCUUGGCUUUAGUUUUAUUAGCAUGAAACACCUUUGGCAUGCUUAGCUUCCAGGUAACUUCCAACCUGCAUCAAAAUUCAUCUUACAUAGUUCCACAGAACAUGAAGAUCCUUAUUUGCUAAGCCUUUGAAAGCUGGCAUUCUUUUUCAGAAGAGGGUGUGUUUAAAUGGACGUUCUUCAACAUACAGUAGGCUAGAUGAUGGGUGGUGAGCUGAAAAUGCUACAGGAAUGCCCAACUUUACAGUAAGGCUUACAUCACUAAAGAUUCUGUCAUUUGGAUUUUCAUGAUCAAAUUUCAUAUACUAUUGUAUAGACUUCUGCUUUGUAGUGUACUAUAGUAGCAAUAAUUUCUGUAUGUGAUCAAGAGUUACGCAGUAUUUCUUUUCAGUUCUCUCCUUUAUUAAAAGAGUUAACAUUGGCAGAUGGCAAGAUAUAGAGAAGAUAUGAAAUAUAUAGUAGAAUAAAUGAAAGAUUUGUGAUGCUUUAGGAUGAAAUACUUAUUGGACACAAUUACAAAAGCUUUUACUGAAUACUGUCAAAUUUGUAAGAUUCUUUGGGGGAAGGCUGCAGAUUUAUACCA